CGCAAGUCGUGGGUUCCUUUGCGCGGGGCCGCCAUGGUGUACUACCUCCUGGUGGUUUCCCCGCGGCAGCCCCCAACUCCAUGUCCGUCUUCCGGAGUCUACGAGCAGCUGAAGGACUUCAAAGAUGCUCAUCAUGCUGAAGCCAUUGUGGACGUGCUCCAGGUGGGCGCCAUCAAGAUCUUCCGAGCCAUCGGUGCGGGGGCCAACUUGGAGGACGCGCUGCCCAUCCAAAGGACCAGCGCCCUACUGCUGGUGGCAGCGCCCUCGGAGCUGUCGCCGGAGGCCCUGGAAGACUUCCUGGAUGCCGGCAGCAGCCUCUUCAGCAGCGGCAUCGAGGCGAUGCGGGUGCUGCAAGGCGGCGCGAAGAGCCCGGGCUUCUUCACUGCGGUACUGCUCUGCCGCAGCCAAGCAGCUGCGGACGCCUUGUACAAAGCCAACCAUGGCAGGCUCUUCAAAGGAGAGGACAGUUCUGACCAGGGCCCUUGCUGCUACUUGGCCUUUCUAGAGGCCAUCGUGUACACGGAGGCAUCCUCUUCCUCAUCCUCCGACCCUUGCUCCGACACAUCGGUCAUUCCCAGCACCGCCUACGAGAUCCCAUCCUGCCCGGUGUGCAUCGAGCGCAUUGACGUCUCCGGCACCGGCAUGGUGACACACUCCCACGGCUGGAUCGGCGACAAGCGGCCCCCGUGCUGCGUGGCCUGCGCGGUGAUCUGUGACGCGAGUGCGGAGGGCGGCACCGAAAGCGGGCUGAGGUGUGAAUGCUGCCAGCAGCAGGAAGACCUUUGGGCCUGCCUCAUCUGUGGGCACCUGGGCUGUGGGAGGUACAAAGACGCCCACGCCAAGGACCACGCCACGGAGCGACGGCACCGGUUCUGCUUCCAGUUGGCCUCUGGCCGCAUCUGGGACUACCACUCCGACGUCUUCGUGCACCGACGGCUGGUGCAGCAGGCUGCGGCCUCGGGGCGGAGGUUCGAGCUGGCGCUGCCCGCGCCGGCCAUCGGCUCCGAGACCUCCAAGGCGCCGGGCACCACGGCGCCGGGGAAUGAGCAGCUGCUGUCCAUGGAGUUGGACGCCAUCUUGUCCUCACAGCUGGACCAUCAGCUCUCGCGCUACGACCGCCAGCUGACGGAGCUGCAGACGGAGCACUCGCUGGCCUGCGGCGCUUUGAUGGCCGCCGCCGAGGCGGCGGAGCAGCGCCGCAGGAGCUGCGAGGACGGCCGGGGAACAAUGGGGCGGGCGGACGCGGAAGGGGGCGCCUUCCAUUGGAAGGAGGUGCAGGACUUGAAGAAGCAGCUGCAGGCCAUCGCAGCACCAAUGGAGUCAUUGGAGAUGCUGUGCCAGGAGUUGAAGGCACAUGCAGCGCGCGAUGCAGGAGUGGAGCAGAAGCCAGAAUGCUAUCUGGCUGCAGCGCCAGCUCAGGCCCAUCCUGGAGGGCUGGUGCAGAGCCUGCAGGGUCUGCAGGGAGGACGCGCAUUGCUUUGCAUCGAAGUGUGGUGCAGGGCGCUGCGCGACGCCUGGGCCUCUUCCUUGGAGGGCGAUGCAGAGGCGGUGCAGGAAGCGGUGGACACACUGAACAAUAUGAGGCUCUGCAGGUGGGCAGGCUGGAGGCCUCAGACGGUGCUGCCGGUGCUCCUGCAGGAAGCAAACCAGCACUUGCAGGAGCCUGCAGGUGGAGUCAUCUGGGUCUUGAGUGACCAGAUCCUGGAGCGCAUGCAGGAGUUGAGGUCCUUGGCGGGCAGCAUGCAGGAGCAGCAGAUCUCGGCUCCGCAGGUUCCAAAUGUAGGACUGCAGGAAGCGCUGGCUCUUCAGGUUUAG